UCCGUUAACAGGAGCAACACGCUUUAUUGUUUUGUUUUUAAAAUUUCCAGUGAUUUUUUAAAUGUACGAAAUUAAUGCUCUAUGUUGGUUAUUUUUUUCUCCCUAAAGCGAUCGUGAACUUUGUCAACUCAACAAGUUGUGUGAAAAUGUGAUCCUGCCGAACGUUGAGUGUGGUUGUAAAUAAACGACCGACAUACGACCACCGAAUAUGGACGAGGAUUCGCCUUGGUUGUGUACGCAGGCCAUGCACGACUGUGUCGACGAUCACCCGAUUGACAGAAACGAUAAAGCGAAUAGCUUUGGUUGCAUUGUCCUAAAUAAUGUGGAUGACAAUGAAUGUUAUGUACUUAAUGAAGGUGAUAAUACAAUUGGAAGACAUCCUUUAAACCAUAUAUACAUUGAACAUCCGUCAGUAUCAAUGAACCAUGCAGUUAUUCAAUGUGAUUCUGAUGGUGUUGUCCUGUUAGAUAAAGGAAGUUUAAAUAAGACUAAACUUAAUAAGAAACCUUUGAAAAAAAAUGUCGCUUAUUUUCUUGAAGAAAAUGCAUGCUUGAUGUUUGGAGAGAUUAAAGCUAAUUAUUAUGUUGAUGGAAAACCUACUGAAGCUCCCAAAGAAGUGAAAGCCAUUGUAUCUAAUGGAACAUCUUUAGAAAAUAUAAUGGAAAAUCAUGCGUUUUCUGCACCACAGUUACCUUGCGCUGGGAAUACUAUUAAUAUGCUUUGCAACAAAGAAAAAACUGAUAAAGUUAGUGGAAAUAAUUCUACUGAUAAAACUGAAAUGAUUACGCUCAAAACAAUCACUCAAUCUGAAUGUGUUCAUAAUAAACAUGAUGAUGUUUACUUAGAAUCUAAUCAUUCAAGUCCUAGUGAUGCAUUUUUAUUAGAUGCUGUUAGCCAAAUAGAAAGUCAGUUACUUCCUGAAAUAGUACAAGAAGAAUCUCUCAGCCCUGUAAUGGAUUUCGGAAAUUCAUUAUCAAAUAUAAAUAAUUUAUCAUCUAAUGUGUUUCAAAUACCAAACAAAAUGAACUCAAAUGAAACUAGAGAUGAAACACCUAGUCCAGUUAUGGAUCUUGGGCUUAAAGAAAAUUAUGAAUUAUUAACACCUGUAACAAAUUGCCACACUAGACCUUUGGUUAAUGAAAUAACAAAUAAUAUUGAUAACUUAAACGAAACCCAAUGUUUGGUAAUUGAUAAUAAUGUUAAAGAAUCAAAAUCUCCAUAUUCUUUACUCAACCUAAAAAAUGAAAAAGAUUUUACAAUUAACAAUGAUUUAUUUAAUUUUACCCAAGAUCCUUCAGACACCAUUAAACCUUGUGAAGCAAGUUUAAGUAAUUCUAAAAGUUGUAACAUUGGUCCUCAUGAAGAUCUUGCCCAAAAACCUGAUGUGGAUGAUGAUUUUUUUAAUUGCCCUACUCAAAAAUUAUCAGUUUCUAAAUGUUCGAGUUCAAUUCCAAAAUUAUCUUCAAAUGUACAUGAAGAAGAAACUCAAGGUCCUUCAGAAACCAUUAAAUCAUAUGAAGCCGGUUUAAGUCAUUCUAAAAGUUAUAACAUUAGUCCUCAUGAAGAUUUUGCCAAAAAACCUGAUAUGGAUGAUGAUUUUUUUAACUGUCCUACUCAAAAAGUGUCAAUUGCUACGACCAUUUUAUCAACAAAAAAUCUAUCUUCUAAACACGAGCAAGAGACUCAGAAACGAUCAGAAUUUGUAUGUCCUAACAUAAAUGAUUCAAGUUACAUUAAAAACUCGAGCAGUGGUGUUUACAGAGACUUAACAGAAACUUCUGAUUUAAACAAUGAAGAUUUUUUUAAUUGCCCUACUCAAAAAUUAUCUCAUAGUAUUGAGUCAAAAACAUCAACAGGUAAACCAAAUCAAGAAAUAAGUGUUUCAAAUAUUAUUGAGACUGAAAAUCAGGAUUUUCUAGUACAAAAAAGUACAAGGAUGCCAUUUUCAAAAAAUAAUUCACCAGAUAACAGCAAAAAACAGAAUAAAGAAAAUGUUCACAAAAUAUCCAAUGAAAAUUUUUCCAGUUCAUCGAGCAUUCAUGAAAAUGAAAAUAACAAUUUCCUUGUUGAUACCAAUAGUGAAAAUAAAUCUGUUAAACAAAAAAGAACAGUUCUACUAAACAAUACAGAAGAAUGUUUGAUUAGAAAUUCAAUGUGUUUAGAGUCAAAUUCAAAUAACAAAUCAAAAUAUACCCAUUCGUCAGUUAUUAGUAAUGAAAAUAAAUAUUCAUACAAGAAUUUGAAAACUAAAAAAAAACCAAUAAUUCGUGUAAAAAAGGAUUUACAUAAGUCUAGUUCUGCCAGUUUGAGCAAUAAUUCUUUGCAUAACACAAAUAUCAUAUCAGAUGAUGUUACAGAGCCAGCAAAAAAAAAUAUAAAUUCAUUUACUUGUUCAAAAAUUGAAAAUGAGAGGAGGAAAUCCUCUAUUAAGCAAGAACAUUUUUCUGAUGAUUCUAUGGAUUUUCAAAAUUUUAAUUCCCCUAGUAAUAAAUCCCUAUCGAAACAAAAUAAUGAAACUAUAUUUAGUCCAUUAAAUAUACCCAGCCUCAAUGAAAAUGUAAUUCAACAGCAGUCUACUCCAAUAGAUCUUGAGACUAAUUCAAUUUCAGUACAUUGUGAACCAUCUUGUUCAAAUACUGCUGUCACUAAAUGGAAAUUAUUUUGGAAUAAGAAAAAAUUAGCUUGUGAAAACAAAGGAAAAAGUUGUAAACAAGAAAAUGUCAAUUUUUCAAAUGCUGAUAAAAUUAAAAAUCGGUACCAAACAAGAGCCCUUGUUAAAAGAGAAAAUGCCACUGAAAAUGAUAAAAAACGAAAACAGAAUACUGUUAAUGUUGAAGAUAAAAACAAAAGAUUAUGCUAUGAAGAUAGGGAAAACAUAUUAAAUCCAUUGAUUCCAAGUACUGUUGUUGUUACUUUUAGCUUUUUAAAAAGUCGCCACCUUCAAGAAUUGAAAAAGUUUAUUGAAACAACAGGAGGUUGUGUUACGGAUGAAAUUACCCAGUGCACUGUGUUGGUAACAGACAAAAUACGUUGUACUAUGAAAAUAUUAUCAGCAAUAGCUAAAGGAUGUCCAAUUGUUAAUCCCAAUUGGAUUAAACAUUCAUAUACUGUUAAAAAUUUUCAAGAUGUGGACGAAUUUUUAAUCGUUGAUAAAGAUGCGGAAAGAAAAUACAAGUUUCAGCUGAAGGAAUCUCUGGCUAGAGCUAAAACCAGCAGACUAUUAGAAGGAUAUACAGUUUUAGUCACUCCAUCUGUGAAACCUGGUCUAAAAGACAUGAAAGUUAUUAUUACUUGUGCUGGUGGUAAUUUUACUGUGAACUGGCCAAUACAACGAGUUCAAAAAGAAUUGAUUGUGACUUGUGAUCAAGAUCGUCGCCGAUGGAAGUCAAUAUGGAAUAAUUCUACGGCUAAAAUAAUCGAUAGUGACACUUUUGUGAUGUCCAUUAUCAGACAAAAAUUGAAUGUAUAAUAUUUAUAGUUAUUUUUAAUGAAAAUUUUUAUAAAUAAGUACUUUAGCACUAGUUAUUUACUCAAAUCAAUUCUAUUUGUAUCAUUCAUAAUUUAUUAGGUAUUAAAUUUAAUUCUGAAUUUAACUAUAAUAAUUAUAAAAUAGGCUGUUACUUAUAAAAUUAUUACUUGAAUACUAUUUUCUAUUUUCUAUGUUUUUAACAAUUAUAUUUUUGAUUGCUUAACAAUAUGUAGGUCACAGCGAUUUUGACUUAACAUUGGACAUCCAAAGAGCAGAUGGUAUUAUUUAUUUAACAUAAUUGUAUUCACUUUUAUUGCACUUGACAAUAUGUAUUGUUUUGCCAUAUACCUUGAAUUUACCAUUAUUUCAAAUUCUGGCAAAUAAAAUAUAUUUAUUCAAGUUUAAUAAAACACAAGAAAAAAUAAAUAAAAAUAGUCUAUCCA